AUUACACAUGGCAGGAACUAAAUAUAGCCACAAAGCCGCCAUGUGGCUUUGCUUAGAAACUAACACAAACAAAUUUAGGCAAAUUUACAUGCCACAGCAAACUGAACUGACAAAUUGUUGCAAAAGUAUGAGAUGAAUUUGAACAUGUUCAGUGCUAUCUUAUAGGAUUGAUGAACAUCUAUAUGUAAUUGUUUUUCGUGUUGAUCCAUUGAGAGUCGAGAAAUGCAUCGUUGAAAAUGCUGUAUAAAAAAACCACAAAAUAGUACUAGUCAGAGAGAUGUGAGCACACAAUAAGCCACAUUUUGUGUAUUACAUCCAACAGAUGUCCUCCUCAAUACAUUCCAAGCAUCGUUCAGAUCAGUCGUGAUGUACUUGAUUUCUGCAUGUGUGGGUAUGAAAAAUUACUGUAUUACAGGUCAAAAAUAUUUUUUUAUGGAGAAAUUACCUGAACCAGCUGGCUUAGCCCACUGUAGCUCAACUAACCUAUACCCAGCUUAUUUUGUAUCUAGUAAGUGGAAGAAAAGUUUAAUGUUACACAGCUCUAAUUAACUAUAGGCAGCUAGCUGCUACUCACACAUGCAAUGCAUGGCACCAGCUUCGACUAGCCUCGAGACACAUAUUUUAAUCGGCGUGGUCUCGAGGCUAUACUGUUCGACUGGCAAGAUUUUGUUACAAAGUCGCAAAGUCUGCAUUUGAUGCUCGCAAAACAUUCUUGUAUUAACUUCUCGCGAAAUAGCAGCAUGCAUGCAUGCAUGCCCGGUAUUUGCCUGGACGGCAGUGCACACUAAUCAGCGAAAAACAGCUGAUCUACCCUCGAAUAAUAAUUAUACCUGCUGCAAUGAACAUGCAGACCUUGAUGCGCAUGCGCAUCCAAGGCACAAUUUACCAUAGAUGAACAGGUACUGUUCUAUCUACGGUACUUUAUAUAUACCCAGCCUAAAGACAUUGAGAGGAUUCAUAAAACCUGUAUACAAGAGAGUUGCAUGCUAUCUCACAAAUCAACAGCUCCUUCAGUAUCAUAUCAUGAGUGUUUAUCAGCGAGGCUCUCAACUACAAAAGACUACUGCUCCUAGUGACACUGGUGUACGUCAGUUCACUUCGGAGGAGCUAAGUCGACAUUGCCUGAGGCACAAUGCACACGUUGCAUAUCGUGGGAAAGUACGUAUAUAUGAUGUUAGUUCAUUUGUGGCCCAACACCCUGGGGGCAUGGACCAGAUCUUGAUGGGUGUUGGCAGGGAUAUCACUCAAGUUUUUGACUCAUAUCAUCAACACGACACUGCAGCGAAAGUUCUGGACAAGUACUAUGUGGGGGAGCUUGUAGAUAACAAGCUUCCUGUUUUUCCCAAGGAAGGAAAGUUUUACAGCAUUGUCAAGAAGAGAGUUGAAGAUUACAUGAAGGCCCACAAGUUGGACCCAAAGAUAAACUACUGGACCUUCCUCAGGCACACCAUUUUGUUUGUCUCAGUAUUCUCUAGCUGGUUUUAUCAGGAUGAACCCUCUCAGUGUCUCCCAGUGGACCACCUUUUGUGUUGGCAAGGCUGUACAUGUUGCUAUGAGAUUCAUCAUUCCUUGCUUCUACAUGACAUUCGGAAAAUUGGUUGUUAUGAACAUUCUCUAUACGACGUGGUCUACGGCUACUGGUUGGCACAGCUCACUCAAGUCAAUCAUGUGACUGAGGAGGUGGAAUGGCCAGAACCUGACACUAACAACGUAAUUCAUCAGGAAUGGGCUGAGAUGCAGGUACGGACUGCUCGUGACUACUGUACAGACAGCUGGCUCUGGUACUUCCUCUCCGGAGGGCUGAAUCAUCAAACAGCACACCACCUGUUCCCAGGAGUAUUACAGUCUAAUUAUUGGUGGAUUACGCCCAUCGUCAAGGAAACAUGUGCAGAGUUUGGAAUACAGUAUAAUGGAAGUUCUUCAUUCAAAGAUGCACUCUCACGUCAUUUCAGCUACCUCCGGAAAAUGGGGAAAGAGGGUCCGGAAAUGGAGUAAUUAGAAAAUGGUCUUAAACAGUAUUAUCCUACUGUCACGAUUUAAUAUGAAUGAUGUUGUUAUUAACAGUAUUUGUACAUGCCAUCAAUGUGAAUUUACAGUUAACAUAA